UUUUUUUUUUCUCUCAAAUUUACAUACAUAUUUAGCAUAAUGGCACCAACUAUUAAGGAAGAAAAGGAUACAACUGUUACCAUUAAAGAGGAAGAGGAGCAAAUGGAAUUAGAUGAAAACUCAGAAGUUGAGGAAGAACAUGAAGAAGAAGAAGAUGAUGAAAUGGAUGAAGAGCCCGAUUUGGUUGUUAGUCCUGAUAAAGUCGAAAUUAUUGGUAAUCACGCCGAUGCUACUGCUGUGACAUUUUGUUUUAAAGAUGAAGACCAUACUCUUGGUAAUUCAUUAAGACAUGUUAUUAAUAAGAACCCUGAUGUAGAUUUCUGUGGUUAUUCAAUUCCACAUCCUUCAGAAGCUAAAAUGAAUGUUCGUAUUCAAACUACAGACAAAACAAAUGCGAUAGAAGCUUUGAAGACAGGUCUUUCAAAUUUAUAUGAUUUGGUAGCUCAUGUUCGUCAAGCUUAUGAAGAAGAUUUAGCAAAGAAGGAGUAUAUUGAAUUUGAGGAAGUUGCAUAAAACUUUCAACUAAACAACUUUCUUAAUUUUUGUAAUAUAAAACUUGUGCAGAUAUACAUAUAUGAAUUUUAUUUUGGAUUAUAAAGCUUUUUAUAGUGUCUAUAAACAGAUAUCAUUGAAUUAUAGAUUUUAUUUUUGUGUGUGUGUGUGGCUCUGAGAUACUAAAUUCUAUUAAACUUAGUAGUAUAAAAAAAAUAUACAAAAAUUUACAAGAUAGAUUUCUUAAAAAAAAA